UUUUCGCAGCCGCUCGCUCACGGAGCUGUCACAUAAAGCAACAUACAACUCGUCCACGUCAUCAAUAAAGCUUCGUGGUAAAGUCUCACGCCGCUGUUUUCUCCCCCCUAUCUCACAGAUUCGUCACGCGAGCAACUCACUUUGGAUUUAACCGCGGUUGAAAAAAGCAGAUAACUUAACCAUGGUUAAACAUUUAACCUGAACGUGGUUUAAGUAUAUCCCACUACUCAGCAUCAGUUUAUAUAGAGCCAAAGCAUUGCCGGAGAUUUAGCAAACACAAAACAAAAACUCACCGGAGAAAACGAAAGUGAUUUUAUAUCUUCUCAAAAAAUUUUUAAAAAAAUGAUGAUUGGAGAAACUCAUCGUGCCUAUCCAACGGUUCAGAUUCCUCCAUGGCCACUUAACGACGAUCUAACGGCGGUUGAUAUUUACGGAAGUCCUGACGGCGGAAAUAGCAUGCUCGAGGCUUUGGCUGCGUUACAGCGUUAUCUUCCGUCGAACGAGCCGGAUCCGGAUUCUGACCCGGAACUGUCGGGUCCAGAUUCGGCAAUCGAUACUUACUCAUGCGAUCAUUUCCGGAUGUACGAAUUUAAAGUGAGGCGAUGCACUCGUGGCCGGAGCCACGACUGGACGGAGUGCCCUUACGCUCAUCCCGGAGAGAAAGCUCGCCGUCGUGAUCCGAGGAAGUAUCAUUACUCCGGUACGGCGUGCCCUGAGUUUCGCAAAGGCGGUUGCAAAAAAGGCGACGCGUGUGAGUUCUCUCACGGCGUUUUCGAGUGUUGGCUUCAUCCGGCGCGUUAUCGGACUCAGCCGUGUAAAGACGGCGGUAACUGUCGCCGUCGUGUUUGUUUCUUCGCUCAUUCGCCGGAUCAGAUCAGGGUUUUGCCGAACCAAAGCCCCGAUCGUGUUGAUUCUUUCGACGGUGUGUCUCCGAUUCGUAGGGCGUUUCAGUUUUCGAUUUCUCCGACGUCCGGUUCGCCGCCGGUGAGUCCACGAGACGACUCGGAGUCUUCUUCUUUAUUUAGUCGUUCUCUCGGGUCGGGUUCGGUAAACGACGUCGUCGCGUGUAUGAGGCAUUUGCAGCUUAAUAAAGUGAAGUCUCUUCCUUCCUCUUACAACAAUCAAGUCGGAUGCUACGGAUCCGGGUUCGGAUCGUCACGUGGAUCACUCUUGGGUCCCGGGUUUCGGAGCCUACCAAAUACCCCGUCCCGACCGGAGAUCGGGUAUAUGGACAUUUGGGAUAAUGGUUUGGAGGAAGAACCGGCGAUGGAGCGGGUCGAGUCGGGUCGUGAACUGCGAGCGAAGAUGUUCGAGAAGCUCAGCAAGGAAAACUGCAUGGAUCGGGUUGACCCGGAUCCGUAUCAGGGUUCAGGUGAAGCUCCUGAUGUCGGGUGGGUCUCUGAACUGGUGAUGUGAUUUGAUUCGACCCGUAUGCCCCCGGAUAUCUGAAUAUCGUUUAUAAGGUUUAACUAAAGAUUAUUAUCAUCAUCAAGGAUUUUCUCUGUAAUGUGUAAAUAUUUUUCACGGAUUUCAUAUAAUUUCUUAAUUUCUAAUAUAUAAUAUGUAUCGUCGGGGGGGAUUUCUCAGUGUAUAUGAGAUGCUUAGGAUUUUUAUAUGAUUAAAGUCUAUAUAAUAUUAAUAUUUUGUAAUUUUGUUUUAUUAUGCUGGAUGCAACUCUUGUAAUUUACUAUUAAUGAACGUAAUGAGUAUGUAAAUUAUUAUUUUUGCUA